AUGGAAGCCUCUCCUCCUGAGUCUGUGAGGUCCAAGACUCCUCCUCCUGAGUUCUCUGAGUCUGUGAGGUCCAGGACUCCUCCUCCUGAGUUCUCUGAGUCUGUGAGGUCCAGGACUCCUCCUCCUGAGUUCUCUGAGUCUGUGAGGUCCAGGACUCCUCCUCCUGAGUUCUCUGAGUCUGUGAGGUCCAGGACUCCUCCUCCUGAGUUCUCUGAGUCUGUGAGGUCCAGGACUCCUCCUCCUGAGUUCUCAGUUGAACCUGCAGCAGCAAAAGACUCAGAUUUCUCCUCAGCUCUGAGUUUGCACAGAGCGUGUUUGAAGAUGCACUGUGACCAUGUGACCGAAGGCUUUGAAGGAGCCGGAGAGAGAACGUCUCUGAGCAGGAUCUACACCGAGCUCUACAUCACACAGACCUACAGGAUGGAGCAGCGGCCUCAACACGAGCUCCAGAGGCUGGAGGCUGGAUUCCAGAAGGUCCAGGAGGAGAUGCCCAUCCCCUGCAAGGACAUCUUCAGGACCCAGAGCCACGACCCGGGGCCCAUCAGAGCCGUGCUGACCCUUGGCGUGGCAGGAGUGGGGAAGACCUUCUCUGUGCUCAAGUUCUGUGUGGACUGGGCCCAGGGCUCAGAGAACCAGGACCUGGAUCUGGUUCUGCCACUGUCCUUCAGAGAGCUGAACCUGACCAGAGGGAGGCGCCACAGUCUGCUGGAGCUCAUAGAGAUGUUCCACCCGUCGCUGUGCCCGCUCUCCGCUCACUCUCUGCUCGUCAGGAAGGUUCUGUUGAUCCUGGACGGUCUGGACGAGAGCCGGCUGCUCCUGGACUUCAGCUGUGAGCAGCUCUCGGACCCGAGUGUCAGAGCAGAGGAGUCCAACCAGAGGCUGCUGAGAGUCCUGCUGGGUCCAGUCCAGACCGACUCACAGUCCAUCCUGAAGACCAUCCAGAACCUGAGGGACAUGAACACUGGGAACAUCUCUGCACACGCAAGCAUCACCGUGUUCUGCUGCCUGAGCGAGAUGAAGGACCACUCGGUCCAUCAGCAGAUCCUGGACCUCCUGAAGAGCGAGCUGGAGUCAGAACCCUCCGAGUUCCACUGCACCACUCUGGCCGAAAAACUGCAGAUGCCUCAAGAGGUUCUGCAGGAGCUGCACAUCAAGAGGUUCAAGGAACUUCCUGACGGAAGACUGAAACUGGUGCCACCGGACACCUGUCGAGAGGCCACGAUUCUUUGGAGCGGUUUGUCGAAGGAGCACGCGGCGGUCGUGGCGGCGGCGCUGAGCUCGUCACAGCUCCAGCACCUGGACGUUUGGCUGCGCGACAGUGACGCGGUGGAGGCCUUUAGUGAAGGACUGAGGGACCAUCACUGCAGACUGCAGACUCUGAGCCUCCACCACAGCCGUCUGUCGGAGUCCAGCUGCUCCUGUCUGGUCUCGGCCCUGGACUCAAACCCGUCUCACUUGAGGAAACUGGACCUGAGCUGGAACGAGGACCUGCAGGACCCAGGACUGAAGACCCUCUGCUCCUUUCUACAGAGGGUCAGAGGUCACAGUGUCACCCGGAGGUCCUCAGGUCAGAGGUCACAGUGUCACCUGGAGGUCCUCAGGUCAGAGGUCACAGUGUCACCUGGAGGUCCUCAGGUAGGGUCAGAGGUCACAGUGUCACCCGGAGGUCCUCAGGUCAGAGGUCACAGUGUCACCUGGAGGUCCUCAGGUCAGAGGUCACAGUGUCACCUGGAGGUCCUCAGGUCAGAGGUCAGAGGUUACAGUGUCACCUGGAGGUCCUCAGGUCAGAGGUCACAGUGUCACCUGGAGGUCCUCAGGUCAGAGGUCAGAGGUUACAGUGUCACCUGGAGGUCCUCAGGUAGGGUCAGAGGUCACAGUGUCACCCGGAGGUCCUCAGGUCAGAGGUCACAGUGUCACCUGGAGGUCCUCAGGUCAGAGGUCACAGUGUCACCUGGAGGUCCUCAGGUCAGAGGUCAGAGGUUACAGUGUCACCUGGAGGUUCUCAGGUCAGAGGUCACAGUGUCACCUGGAGGUCUUCAGGUCAGAGGUCACAGUGUCACCUGGAGGUCCUCAGGUCAGAGGUUACAGUGUCACCUGGAGGUCCUCAGGUCAGAGGUCACAGUGUCACCUGGAGGUCCUCAGAUCAGAGUUCACAGUGUCACCUGGAGGUCCUCAGGUCAGAGGUCACAGUGUCACCUGGAGGUCUUCAGGUCAGAGGUCAAGGUGUCACUUGGAGGUCCUCAGAUUCCCUGUGACUCGCUGCUGCCCCCUGUGUCCAGGCUGGAGAACUGCGGCCUGGGUGAAGGCAGCUGCAGGUCCCUGAGCUCCGCCCUCAUGGUGAAUCCACAUCACCUCAGAGAACUGGACGUGACUCAGAACCAGCUGGGUGACGGUGGAGUGGAGGCUCUAUGCGAAGCUCUGCAGAUGCCUCAGCUCAGACUGGAACAUCUCAGGCUGGAUAACUGCGGCCUCUCUGUGCUCAGCUGCUCCUGUCUGGCCUCUGCUCUGAGCUCAAACCCUGAGUCCAACCUGAAGAAACUGGACCUGAGCGUGAACGCCGUGAAGGACCAUGGCGUGGAGCUUCUGUGUGGAUACCUGCGCAGCCCACAGUGCCACCUGGAGGCCAUCGAGCUGAAGGGCUGCGGGCUCACGGAGACCAGCGGCGCCCUCCUGUCCUCGGCUCUGAACCCUCACAUCAAAGACCUGAGGCUGAACUGGAACCCAGAGCUGAAGGACGCGGGCGCCGAGCACAUGAGCGGGUUCCUGCGGAGAGAGGGCUGCGGCCUGGAGGUCCUGAGCCUGCGCUGGAGUGGCACGCCCCGCACCGCGGACCUCGCUUGA